AUGACUGCCAAAUCGCUCACCACGGUUGCUACGCUUUUUGCAGACCCGAGCAAUACCACGGCCUCUCUGAAUGAAAGCUCAAUUUUUUCUCUCAGGCUCGACAGCACCGUUCAGACGCUGUCCAAGCAAAAUGCCCCGGACAAAAGCCCGAUUGAGGGAUUACUCUUCGUUCCCCUCCUCGAUGCUCAGAACCGGUGCAACAAUGCCACCGCUCCGCUCAUACCGGCCAAUGUCACCCGCCUCCAGGGCGUCACCCCGUUCGGAACUCGUAUGAUCGGGCUGGCGCCCUGGAUAAACGACGAAUGUACACAGGCGUUUCUGAAUGCCUCGCAGCAUCCCAGGCCAGACGCGCUGGUCUUCUUCCUGCCGUCCAACGAUGAUACCAAACCGCCGUCCGCAAAUGACCCGGUGUGGCUGCUAGGAGGCAGUGCUGCGUGGCAAUCGCGGAAUGACUUUCCGGUUUACGCAAUUCCCGGCGCGGCGGGUGUGACCCUGAUGGCCCAGCUGUCACGGGAUGGGACGAUGAACCAGACUGCAUUAGCGCAAACACAGUCAGGGGUUUCCCGACUGAUGGCAGUCAUUGAUAUAGACAGCGGCGGAAAGAAAAUGCCCAGUAUCUGGGGGUUCAUUCUCGCCAUUCUCGGGACGAUACUCGUCCUCACCAUCAUACUCCUUCUAUUCUAUCAGCUUGUGCACAAAAGACACCAACGAGAGCUCCAGCGCCGCCUCGAGGCCGGGGAAGCGGACCUGGAACAGCUGGCACAGCAUCAUGUCAAGAUUCCGCCCGAGUUCUUGGAGACGAUGCCCAUCUACCUCUAUCCGGGCCCAGAUGCGAGCGACAGUGGCACACAAAAUGAAAUCGCACCGUUCCGGGAGCCAUUAGCGGACAUUAUCGAAGAGAACGAGGUAGAGGACGCGACGAGUCAGCCGCCCCGGGUGGCAGACGAUGAGCCCGAAAAAGCAACGGAUGACGAACCCGUCAGACGACCACCACAAUCCGCGACGAUGAGCCACCCGGAUGCCGCGUAUGCGCAGCACCAGAACCGACUUAGUCGGCUGCAGACCACAUGCGCGAUCUGCCUCGACGACUAUGUGCCGAUGUUGUCGAGGGUGCGCGAGCUCCCAUGUGGGCACAUCUUCCAUCCACCGUGCAUCGACACGUCGCUGAUGCAGAGUAGCAGCCUCUGCCCAUUAUGCAAGAAGAGCGUGCUGCCAGGAGGGUGGCUGGCGUAUCCGGGAAUUGACACGACGAUGCACAGCGACCCUUGGCUGCAAACCGCCCAUUCCUGA